UUUCAAGAAACAUACAUGAGAACAUUUAUUAUACAAAUAUUUUCUAAUAUUUAUAGGCACUCGAUGAUUUUUUACAUGCCAGGGAAUCAGCAAAAAAAAAGAAUCUUCAAGCGAAAAUGAAGUCGAAGAACCAGAAAGUCAAAGUGUGUCAAACUUGGAGUCAUUAGAGGAAUUGCCAAACCAGCCAACUGGCCCAAGCGAGACAGUCGAAACUGAAAUACUGCGGUUUUCUAACACGAGAGUAAAAUCAACGCAGACGUCAACGAAGAAACCAGCGAAAAGAACAGUCAGAACGCAGACACUGAUGACAUCAACUUCCACGUUUUUUCAAACGCCAGCAGCGACAAGAUCCGUCGAGACACAGACGCUAACGACAUCAGAUUUGACGUGCGCAAUGGAAAUGGAAUAUUCGACCACUUCGCCUUCACCCGCUUCUGGUGCGCAACCGGUAGACAGUGUUACUCUUACUAUGCCAGACAAUGUGACGACAAUCAGAGCAGAUUCGACCCAAACUACAGUAACAGAGGUUGACGUGGAGAGCGUAAAGAGUAGCAGUUCAAGCACGGCCGAAACAGUCACAUUACACAGUGACUUGAAUGUUCCAAUCGAGACGUCAUCCACUGAAAGCGACGAAAGCAGCGAAGAGGACAUUGAUUCGGAAAAACGGACAAUUCUGAUGCAUGGGAAACCGCCCCAAGAGCAGGUGAAAUUUAUCGUUUUCGAAGAAGCGAUUCUGGAUAUUUUCGGUAAAUGUGCCCAGUGUGGUGCAAAAUGUAUUGUGACAAUGGAGAAUCAAAUUGGCUCAUCAUGCAGAAUUUGCAUCUCGUGCACGACUAAAGCUGAGCAUUCUUUUGAGUGGUCAACUGCUCCGUCCCUGUUCAAAAUGCCGGCAUUCCAUCUCCUGUUGGCAUCUGGCAUUCUCGCAACAGGAAUGGAAUCGUCGAAAGUUCUUCGACUCUUCAAUGCGUUAAAUAUUCCCAACCUGCAGCAACGGGAGUUGUCAAAUAUAUUAAAGAAUUAUGUAAUUCCUGCAGUUUACGAAGUUUGGCAAGAGGAACAAUCUGCAAGGUUACGAGAAAUACAAGGUCAAGAAAUUGUGAUUGCAUCGGAUAUGCGUGUUGACAGUCCUGGUCACAGUGGCCUAUUUGGAUCAGGAAGUACGCUGGACAUGGGAAGAAAUGUCGUGCUGGAUACCCAAGUAAUCAAGGUAUAAAACCUACAGUAAUUGUAUUAAAAUAGAGCAUUUUCAAACAUAGAAAUUCUAUUGGAAAGUUCAUGAUCAAAUUUUUAAAUUUUGUUUCUAAUGUCCAACCUUUUAUUGUAUGCUAUCGAUGAAGGCACAUAAUCUAAACAGUUCAUUUCAGUUGUAAAAGUUCCACCAGAUUACUGAUUAAUCGGUGGACAUGAAAAUGUGGAAAUCUAAAGUUUUAAACCUGUGAGCUUUAUGCAUCAGUAAUUUGAAACCCCCGACCCCUUCCUGGUGACCAAUCAAGGUUCACACGCAAAGAGAGUGAAUUCCCCCGGUGUCCCUGAGGUGUGUGUGUUGGGGGGGGGGGGUUUCAAAUGACUGAUGCACCACUCUCAUAGUGGUGGUUUAAUCAUAAUUAGUAUUGAAUUUAUAUAUUUAUCAGUCUACAGAAGUGAAAAACUCCAAUGCAAUGGAACUUGAAUCACUGAAACGACAGCUGAAAUACUUGGAGGACAACAGAGUUGGGGUGAAUAAGUUGGUCACAGAUCGGCAUAUUCAAGUAUCCGCGUAUAUGGCAAAUGAAAAACCAGAGGUGGAACACUCAUAUGAUGUCUGGCAUGUAGCAAAAGGUAUAACAUUAUAAGUAUGGAAUGUCUGUAUAUGAUUGGUUCGUGCAAGUAAUUCAGCCAAUCUUGGCGAAUUGCAAAACCAAUAAUACACAUAAUACACAAGACCACCAUACAAAUAUGCCAUAAUUAAAUUAGAUUAUAUUCAAUAACAUUUUUCAAUUAUAUAGCUACUUACAAUUAUAAGUAAUUUUUUCUACGAUUAUUCUUUUUACCGUUUUGAAGGUGAAAAGAAGAAAUUGAUAAAGGUUGCAAAGAAGAAAUUUCAGAAAAUUAAGCCAUGGAUUGGAGUAAGAAAAAUAAAAAAUGCCUCUGACUUUGGCAAAUGCUGACCUGAUUGCCGACCUAUUGUCAUGUUAGGAUGGAAAAUAUUACCUGCUGCAGACCUGUUUGCAUUUCAACUCAGCAUGAUUGUUUCUGCUGACCUGAUAUUUUGCUAAUUCAGAGACCUACAUUAUUCACUUAUUUUUUAACUUUAUACUUGACAGUCAAUCAUUAAUCAUAUAUACUGGAUUGCUGACUCAAGUGAAACCGAAGAUGAAAAGGAAGAAAAAUGGCGCAGCAUUCUUAAUCACAUUGUCGACAUUCACGAACAUGCUGACCACAGCAUCUUCGUUGAAUGUCUUCAUGGCACACUUGAAAGAGAAUGGCUUAGAAAAGGUUGAGUAAAAUUCAAUGAAUAGGGCAAGUCAGGCCAUGUUUACUUAGCAAUUCAUCAAAUCUAGGUUAAUAAUGGAGAUGUUAAAACACCUUCCCCCCAUAACUUUAUUAUCUACAUCUACAUUACAGGAUCAGCUGCUUACAAAAAGUUAGAAGAGAUGCUAACAAGACCCAGACUUAUUGCUGCAAUCCGUAAGUUAUCACAACAUCACCAGACAUCUGGCUUGGAGGCCAAACAUGCUUUGGAUAACUUGUUUGCUUCAAAAAAUACUUAUCAUUCUUAUCAUUCACUGAGUGCAAGGUUAGUUUUUUUAAACUUUGGCCCUCAGUUUUAGGUAUUUGCAAUGCAAGACAUGUAGGUCAAAUACUCUUUGUUUGACACUGGUGUGACACAAUUCAGUUUGUUCACAGGCCACCAAUAUCAUUUGCUCAUUAUUUUCUUAUAUUGUUGUAUUCAGAUUGUACAACGAAAAUAGCAACAGGAAGCAAGCGACAACUGCUGAUGGGAAGUUAAAAUAGACAGUAUCCUAUCCAAAGGCAUUCAAAGGGGAGAAGGCAGUUGCCAAGCCAUUAAAGGAAAAGCCAACCUAUAGUAAGAAUUUAAUUUUCCCCUAGAUUUUACACUAGAAGCAAGUAAAUUAUUGCUAAAUAUUUAUUAUAUAUUUGUAAGUUCCCCCAACAUACCAUUACCCAUUAAUAUAAGUUUAAAAAGUUUAAAAAUAUUUUUCAACAGGAUAUAUACAGUUGAUACUAAACAAAGUUAUUGAGAUAAGAUGCCUGUACCCAUCACUGAAGAAAGCAGCAGUUGAUGCAAAUGAUGUGCUACCUGGUAAACCACAAUCUCUUGUUGAAAAGUACUUGGCAGGAAAGGAGCGACCCUCAAAGGAGGAUGUUGUGGCCAGCAGAAAAUCACGAUUCAGUACACCAGCUUUACCUGUAAGUAGAGAAAGGACAUCUGAUAGCAAGCCUUGUGCUUGUAAAGGAAAAUGUGCUGUGAGAAAGUGUGAUUGCAGGGCCAUGGAAGUGCCCUGUAACAACAAAUGUAAAUGCAAAGUGGCAAAAUGUAUAAAUCAUGAAUGA